ACGAAAGGGUUUUACUUCACUGUGAGUGAUCGUCGAGCUAUGAUGACGACCACUAAUACCAUGGCUAUGCUUCAAAACCUCGUCUUCUCUGUACCCAUCUCGCGUAUGGUGGUGAGGCGUCACUCACUCGCCACCGCCGCCGCCGCAAUCUCCACCGCCACAGCCGCCGUACCGUCUGCGAAACCGGCGCGUACUCCACAUGUGGACUCGCAGGUUCUUCUCGGAAUGUCGGAGCCGGAGCUUCAACAGCUCGCUAUCAAACUCGGUCAAGAAGGAUACAGAGGAAAACAGCUACAUCAUCUCAUCUACAAGAGGAAGGUUAAAGAAGUUGAAGAUUUUAGCAAUUUGCCAAAAACGUUUCGAAAUGAGCUUGUGGAAGGUGGAUUUAAGGUGGGAAGAUCACCCAUUUACCAAACUGUCACUGCAACUGAUGGUACCAUUAAGCUGCUGCUAAAGCUUGAAGAUAGCCUAUUGGUCGAAACUGUCGGUAUACCAGUCCAGGAAGAAGAAAAGGGCAUAACGCGCCUCACUGCCUGUGUCUCCUCCCAGGUUGGAUGUCCGCUGCGUUGCUCGUUUUGUGCCACAGGAAAAGGAGGGUUCUCAAGAAAUCUUCAGAGACAUGAAAUUAUUGAACAGGUGUUGGCUAUUGAGGAUGUGUUCAAGCACAGAGUGACAAAUGUGGUUUUCAUGGGAAUGGGUGAGCCGAUGUUGAACCUAAAAUCAGUUCUUGAUGCCCAUCGUUGUAUGAAUAAGGACAUUGAGAUCGGGCAACGAAUGAUUACAAUAUCGACAGUUGGUGUUCCGAACACUAUCAAGAAGCUUGCCUCUCAUAAGCUUCAGUCGACCUUAGCUGUCAGCUUACAUGCUCCAAACCAGAGUCUCCGGGAGAAAAUUGUGCCAAGUGCCAAGGCUUAUCCGCUGGAAGCAAUUAUGAAGGAUUGUCGUGAUUACUUCCAAGAAACAAAUAGACGAGUCUCCUUUGAAUAUGCCCUUCUAGCUGGAGUCAAUGAUUCAGUUGAGCACGCGGUGGAACUCGCAGAGCUACUCCGUGAAUGGGGUAAAACUUAUCAUGUAAAUCUGAUACCUUACAACCCAAUUGAAGGAUCAGAGUACAAGCGACCUUACAAGAAAGCGGUCCUAGCGUUUGCGGCUGCAUUGGAGUCGCGGAAGAUAACAGCCAGUGUGAGGCAAACAAGAGGACUUGAUGCGAGUGCUGCUUGUGGUCAGCUGAGGAAUAAGUUCCAGAAAAGCCCUUUACUCGCUGUGACAGAUGGUCAAGAGUCUCAGCCAGAUGCAGAAGCUGUUCCUUGUUGAUCUCCCGGAUUGGAGAUAUCUCAGGUUUUGCCAUUGAAUGGCUCUGUCAGAGCCGGGCUUGGGUAGAAGCCCAUGAUAAUUCGGAUGUGUUAGAAGGAAAAAUGGAAUCAGAUAAUACCUGAGAGAAGUCUCUACUCUCUACGGUGAUGGGGUUCACGUCAUGCCCACCUCUAAAAACUCUGUUUGUAAUUAUAAUUUACAAAUUUAUAAAUUUAUAAUGGAACUCUUUUGUGUUUUUAUUUAUUUGAAUCUCAUUCGCCGUUA